AAUAAAAACAAAAAUAUAAGUAAAAAAAAAUUAAAAAAGUAAUAAAAUUUAAAAAAACCUAUUUCGAAUAUCAAAACUGACCUUCAUUGCUUUUAUUAAAAAUGCUUUACAAAGAUUACAGUAAAAUUAUCAAUAAAUAAAAUAUUGUUGUACUCAUAGAAAAUUUAUAAAAAAAAGCAAAAAAAAAAUUCUUCAAAAAAUCCUCAAAGCAACGCGCAAUUUUUAGCCAACUAUAACAUACAUAAAUUUCUGAAAACAAAAAAAAAAUAUUUAAACACCAAACACCCACAUAUUUGCAGCUGCAGUCAGCCACCCAGUCUACCCAUUAGCCAGCCUACGCUACGCCACGCCGCGCAUGUUUCAUAAUCGCAUUUUAAUGGGCGUUGCGCACGCGCCCGGCAUACGUCUGCUGCGUCGAAGCGCCGAAGCCGCCAAAUUUCUAACCGUACUUUUUCUAAUUUUGACUCAGAAUGUCUCGAGCUUUAGCUGCGCUUCCAAUGCUAUUAACACCGCCAGCGAUGGCUACACGAGUUGGGCCUCUACGCAGACAGGUGUAGUUGGAAGCCCAGCAGCAGCAGCAGCAGCCGCCGUCGACAUGCAUCGCUUGGCAAAACGAAUGGAUUUGGAGCUAUGUUUGGGAAAAUUUGAAAUCCACAAAAACACCAUAAUUCGCACGGGCGAAUCUCAAACGCUUGGUGGCAAGUACUUGCAAGGGCUGGAGCUCGACACCGCCGAGGAAUGUCAACGGCUCUGCUGCGAAACGGAAUCCUGUGACGUUUACGUGUUUGAAGACAAAAGCGAUGGCUAUUGUUAUCUUUUCGAGUGUGGCCCACCCGAGAAUUUCCACUGUAAAUUCACACGCCAUGCCAACUACACCAGCGCAGUUCUGACAGUCGCGCGACAUUUGACCGAAAUGACUACGACGAAACCCAGUGUGUCACACGCCAUUUCCACCAACAACAUUUCCCAGCAAGAGUGGGAACUGUCAAGUUUAAAAGUGAAACCAGAAACGCGUGACAAAGCAACAGUCGCAGGAGGAACAGGUGGAGUAGAGGGUGCGGCGUCCGGCAUGUCAGCUGCAGCCAUUGCUGUCAGUGGCAGUGCCAAUGUGGCGGCAACGGCGGGACCGGUGCCGAUGCUAGGCGUGGAAAAAAUACCACCAAUGAGUGUAGCUUUUCCACAAAAAGUUUACCCGGCGCAUUGUGGUCGCUUUCAGUUUACUUGCCAUUCAGGCGAAUGCAUUGCUGUCUAUAAUGCAUGUGAUGGUAUACCACAAUGUGAAGAUGGCAGCGACGAGGGACCGGAAUGUUCUGCUGCAACCUCAACUGCGAAAUCCAAUGCCGAUGCUGCAUCAUCAAAUGCAUUGGAAGCAAAUAGUCAGAAGAUCGCCUCAGUGUCCCAAUAUCAACCGCCUCUUCUGCAACAAACGGUGCAACAACAAUUGCAGUCUGUACAUCAAGCGCACCAACAACAACAACAACAACAGCAGCAGCAGCAAUCAGUGCCACAAAUGUUACCUGGUGUUGUACCACCACUCAUAAAUAAUCGCGAGGAUCCUGGAGCUUGGGCCAAUCGCAAAACAGCAGCCUCGGAACGCAGUCACGCCGAUCAAGCAACAAAUGACGUGGAAUUAAACAGUCGCAUCUUUAGUCACAAAGGUGGCAUACAAGUGCCCACUACAGGCGUGAACGCCAACAACAACCCCAACAGUGUAUUAGUUAAUUCGUAUGGUAAUACCAACAACAAUAACAACAUUAACAAUCCGAGCCUCAGUCUGAAUCCGGUCUACAAUGCAGCAACAUUGCAACGUAGCGGUAUUUUUGUGCCUCAAAUGGCUGAUUUGGCAACGGGUGGUGUUUAUGUACCGCAACAGCAACAACUACAACCGUCUCCGUCACAACAGCAACAGCAGCAGCAGCAGCAAUAUGUGGUGCCACAGGGCCACAUGAUGAUGCCACCGAAUGUGCAAUGGCAAAUGCAGCAACAACAGCACCAACAGCAAGUGGCGCCUCAGCAGCAGAUGCAACAGUCACCGCAAGAACAGCAACAAACACUGCCACUCCCUCUGCAACCGGGCCCAGCUUACAUAUUAAACACAGCCGAACAGCAAAAACAACCAGUGGCUCCGUCAGCUGACAGCAAGGCAACCGCAGUCGAGGUGGUGCCUGCAGACAAGAUAUCGCUACAGCAACAAUCGCAAGCAGUCAGUUCGCCACAAUCAAUAAUGCAGCAAUCAACGGUGCAUGUGGCCUUAUCAGCGGCGGCACCGCCAGCCGCGGCAAAAUCGAAUGCGGUGCCAGCGACGACGUUACAAAAGUCAGACGACAACAAAGUGGCCAGCAAGGCUGCUGAAAUGCCAGCGGCGCCCGAGGGAGAAUACGAUGACUAUGAUGAGGAAGAAAAGUCAACAGAGCCGCCAAAAAAGAAACACAAACACAAGAAGUUGGCCGGCAUACCCAAAGCCGAUGCGAAGAAGAAGCAACAAUUGGACCCAAUCGAGUUGGCGCUUGAAGAGCAAAGACAACGCGCACCUGCUCCCUCGCCCGUGCAUGAACAAUACAAAUUGAUACACGAAAAUCUCGGCUUGGAAUUCCGCGAUCACGAUGGACAAUCGGAGCGCCCAGGCGGUGCCAUGCUCUCGCUGACGCUUGGUCUACUGGUUACGGCGGCACUCGCCAUUCUAAUUGGCUGCCGUAUGCGUACCGUCGGUCGGCGCACGCGCCGCAUGGGCGGUAAGGCGCCUUAUUCGCAUGAGGCAGAUUUUCUGGUGAAUGGCAUGUACUUGUAAGGCAACUUAUGUUGUGGGGAGAGGGAGUGAUACAUACAUACAUACCUACAUACACGGGUGUGUAUAUGUGUGGUUGUCACUCCAACCUACUAAUCUAGCGCGGCUGUGGUGAUUCUAACAACAACAACAAAAAACAAAACUAAAACAAUUUCUUUAAAAUAAAUACGUAUGUGAAUUUCUUAAGCUGCAUGUAUACACACACACACACACAUAUGUGCAUGCUACAAAAGUGAACAUAUAACCUGCAGGGAAAGACGAGGUUAGUGAAAGAAUUUCCAGCCUUAGUGCGAGUAUUAUUUCACAACCGAAAUGCAUCGGUUCGCGGAAGAGAGCCCGAAUGCGACAGCAAUGAAAACCAUUUUUUUUUUCAUUUUUAGUUGUAUUUACACAAGUGUUUGAGAGAAGCUUAAAAGGUGCAUGGAAUGAGGCGGAAGUAAGGAAGAAGGAAUUAAAUACGGUUUUUUGUUUUCUUUUCGACAUACAGUCAUACUUCUAUAACUCGAAUCACGUUUCUCCAAUGAAAAUGCACGAAUUAUAGAGACUUCGAGCUAUAGAAUAUUUUUCUAAGAAACUGCAAACAUAAGUAAAAGUUGCAAUGCAUUAAAAUAAUCAGAAAUUAGUGACUGAAAACCUAUUUUCGUUUUGCAGUUUUCAUUAAAAAGAGAUUAUAAUUUGUUCAAAGCCUUAUAGGGGCCUUCAGUUGUUGUUGUUGUUGUUGUAGCAGCAUAAAAAUUCCCCAUACUUACAUGCGGGGAUGGCUGCUGAAUGACAGUCCUUGGCCGGAUAUAAUUCCGGGUCGUUUGGGUAACGUAGAACCGACUGACAUGGAAACGGCCCUUCAGUGGAAGUUUUUAUCGUCUGCAAAUAUCACAUAAUACAAAUAAUUGCCUCCAUUGAACCCUUAUCAUCAAUUUCGAUACCACUAAAAUGCAAAUCUGCUUCUAUGGUGUUUAGUAAUGUGCAUCGUCUGUGGUGAAACCUGCUUUUCAAACUGAUUACCAAAUGUUUCGCAAAGAAGAAGCGUCAAAACGAAAACCAAAACAUCUCGGAUGCAUUGAAAAAAAGGGGAGAAAAGAACUAAAACAAAAUUUAAGAAUUGGCGCGUACACUUCUGUAAGGUGUUUGGCAGAGCUCCUCCUCCUAUUUGUGGUUCGGGUCUUGAUGUUAUUCCACAAAUGAAGGGACCUUCAGUGUUAAGUCGACUCCGAAUGGCAGAUAUUUUUUAUGAGGAGCUUUUUUCAUGGCAGAAAUACACUCGGAGGCUUGCCAUUGCCUGCCGAGGGGCGACCGCUAUUAGAAAAAACUUUUUUUCUUCAUUUUGGUGUUUCAUCUACAGAGAUUCGAACCUAAAACUAAACAAGUACAUAAUUUGUUCUUAGAGAACAAAAUAAUUUAACUUAGAGAAUCGUGACAAAAUUCUUAAUCGGAUUAUAGAGAAAUUCGGGGUAGUGAAGUUCGAGUUAUGGGACUAAAAUUGAGUCUAUAAUGCUUUCUAUCCUAUUGUCACUCGAUUUAGUUCGAGUUAUAGAAAAUUCGAGUUAUAGAAGUUCGAGUUAUGGAAGUUUGACUGUAUGUAUAUCAUUUUGUGUUAAGUCUAGAUUUUUUCUAAAACUUUUGAAUGCUGCCAAAAAAAAAACAUUUUCUAGAACUUGAAAACUUGAAGAAAUAGCUGAUUUUUUCCAUUUCUGGAAUUUCAUAUUAUAAUAAUGAGAAGAGCCUACAGCUAUACUGUGAAGAAUAUGGUGAAGCGUUAACGAGUCACAUUUUUUUUACACAAACAGCGCACCGAAAUUCUUGUCAACGGCCAUAUUGUUAUGCAGAAGAAAUACAUAUUGAGCCCAUUUUCCUCUUAGUUUCUUCUUAACCCCUUGCCGUGCUUUAACGAGUCAGACUCGUGAUGAAAGUUUUGGCUCAAACAUAAAUAUGACGAGCCAGGUUCGUGAAUAGAUCGUCGGAUCAAACGUAAACAUCAUGAACUCACGACCAAGGCUCGAAUGCUAGUUUCUAUCUGUACGCCCCCAGAAUUAGCCACGAGUCUCAUAAUUGCAUUUACAAAGUCAGUCUGAUCUGUUUACCACGCGUUGUCGCGUAACACGUAAGAAGCUUACUGAAUCGCAAAAAACAUGUAAGGUAUCUUCAUGUAAAAAUUUUCCAGUAACCUCGCUCGCAAAGAGAAAAAUAUCACAAAAAAGUACAUGCACGGAAAACCAGUAACAAUUUGCAAAUUUUACGAACAGCUGAUCAAAUUGUUGGCGGAAAUAAUCAUAAAGAGUAAACAUUUUUCAGUGAGCUACCUCGUAUUAAAUUGAAAAAAUACACAUAAAAUUCAAAAUAACGAGCAUGAUUUUAUUUUGCCAAAACAACUUGCUUCAGAUCAUCAUCGCUGUCAAAUGAAGAAUAUUCCAUUAGCAAUUGUUGUGGCAACCACUGAUUUAUUGCUGUUGUAGCAGCAAACACAUUCCCCAUGCAUCUACGGGGAGUCUUGCUGGAGUGAUAGUCCUUGGCCGGAUAUAUAGUAAAUCCGGGUUGUUCCGGCAACGUAGUUGUUCCGGCAACCGACUGUCGGGGGAACGGAUUCCUUCUUAUUUUUCGCUGUCUAUAUCUGCCAAAUUUAUUGCCAAGUUAGUUAAUAACCAAGAAGUACAAACAACAAUAAAAUAUACCGUCAACGCUUUCGCUUUGUAUUUCGGAAACUGCAGCAACGGUGACUGGAAACUGUGGUUCAGAAGUACAUACAUACCUCUAUAUCAUUGGCCGAUUCCUAUUUAAUAUUUUAUAUGACUUCAAAUAAACUUUAAAAAUUUUAUCUGAAACAUAUUUACUUGCAUUCUCCAUUCUAAUCACAAUUUAUUUUCAUUUAAAUUUGGAACGUUCACUCAAUUCGCAAAUUUGAAUUCGUGUUUAUUUUUACUUUGCGAUCAGCUGUUUUUCUUACUUGCAAAUUCUUAUAAGUAAAAAUUUAUCCAGCAAAAACUUGCAACUUCCCCUAAAAAUGAAAUGUCAUUUUGCGCUCUCACUUUCCCCUACUUCGCAAGUUUUUUGAGUGCCUGAACACCAACACCAACAAUUGUUACAAAUUAUUUGCUUCAUGAACAGACUUAUCUCCAUCCAAUUGUGUCGCAAUGAACUUCUUAUGCGAUACUGCACAUUUUUUAAGCCAAGGCAUAGACUUCUGAUUCUACUCAACUUCAUAGUAAAAAGACCGAGUUUAGUUUGCAGGAACAAUCUAGUUGAUAAAUUAAUCUUUGUUUUCGCUACUCAGAUUCAAAAGCUCGCGUGAACAGACGUCGUUCUGUUGCUUCCAAAGCAGCGUAGCCAAGAUGUAUUAAAGGAAAGAGAUUGACUCGCGUUAUUUGGUAGCCAGCGUUAGGCGUUUAUCUGUUGAAAAUUGUAGAGUGAGAAUUGCAGAAUGAAAAAAAGGAAAAACAUCGGAAAUUCAAAUUGAUUGGGCAAUAUUUAUUUAUUUUUUUUUUGUGGAUAGUAACAUUCUUGACAUUUAUUUUUAAAGUUAAUCCCUUUCAAAUAAUCCCCCAGUUGCGCCGUAAUUCAGCCAUGCGUAAACUCCAAUUUUGAGUGACUCGCUGGAGAGCUUCCGUCGGUAUUUCGUGAAUAACUUUAGUAAUGUUGGCUUCCAAUGCCUUAAUCGAAGCUGGCUUAUCCGCAAAGAAUUUAAAUUUUACCCCCACAAUAAAAGUCCAAAGAUGUGAUAUCACUCGAUCUUGGUGGCCAAUCCACUGGUCCGAGACGAGAGACGGCGCAGUAAUUGCAUUGAUUCAAAGUACCUCCAAUCUGAUCACCCUUUACAACUGUAUAUUUUGUUUGCGAAUAGUUCGCAUAUCAUAAUAGGAUUUAAAUUAACAGUAACAGACAAAUUUGCGAUCUCUAAGUUAACAAUGUCAGUGUGGCUAUCAUCUGUUCUUCACACGACAUUGGUGUGAGCAUUUUCGCCACCAAUCUAGCGCUGAUCUUAGAAUUUAAAUAUGGAUACUUCGUAGGGCAUUGAC